AUGAAGAGCUUUUCCAAGCGCGAGGCCGACCGGAGGAUGUUCCUGGAACAGGUUCGGGAGAGCAAGGAGAACGGCUACCUCCUCUCUUCCAAGAAGAUCGGUUCCGGGGCUUUCUCCAGAGUCUACCUGGGUUACGCCACCCAAGAAAAAAUGAUGCAGAACUACAAGCUGGCCUCAGACCUCAGGAGCAAGCGGCACUCCAUGGUUGCUAUAAAGAUCAUCUCAACGGCAGACGCUCCUGUAGAAUAUACCAAAAAGUUCCUCCCAAGAGAAAUCUACUCCCUCAAUGUUACCUACAAGCACUUAAAUGUUAUUCAGCUCUACGAGAUGUACCGGAACAGCAAGCGCACCUACCUGGUCUUGGAGCUGGCCUCCCGGGGGGACCUCCUGGAGCACAUCAACGCCACCUCCGACAGGAGGGAGUUCCCCGGGCUGGAGGAAGAGGAGGCACGGAGGCUCUUCCGCCAGAUUGUCAGUGCCGUGGCCCACUGCCACAACGUGGGCAUCGUCCACAGAGACUUGAAAUGCGAAAACAUUUUGCUGGAUGAACGUGGCUUCAUUAAGCUAACAGAUUUUGGGUUUGCCAACCGCUAUUCCCUGAAGAACUCCCUCAUGAGCACCUUCUGUGGCUCCGUGGCCUACACAGCCCCCGAAAUCCUCAUGAGCAAGAAGUACAAUGGGGAGCUGGCUGACCUGUGGAGCCUUGGGGUGAUCCUCUAUGCCAUGGUGACAGGGAAGCUCCCCUUCAAGGAGCGCCAACCGCACAAGAUGAUCCACGUGAUCAAGCAGGGACUGGCUUUCCGGCAGCCAAUCUCACCAGAAUGCCAGAACCUCAUCGAGGGCUUGCUCCAGCUGAAGCCGGCAGCCCGCCUGGGGCUGCAGCAAGUGGCAACACACCGCUGGAUGCUGCCCGCCACCUCGGCCAUCUUCCACCGGGUGAUGAGCUCCAUCGGGGCCCACCCAGAGUGCCACACAAGCCAAGAAAAACCAACUGCCACGCAAGCUGAGACCGGAGGCUCCAAGUCGCAACUCCCCGGCCUGGAGAGCAUGGCCAAGAGCUCAGAGGGGCCGACCAAGGAAGCCAAGACCCUGCCGACCCCCCGGGCCGCCUCCGCCACAGGAGCGUUCCCCACUCGGCCGAAGGUGGAGAAGAGGAGCCCGGAGGCCAUCCCCGCCAACUGCAUCCUCCAGCUCCCCUCCCCGCGGAAAACCGAGCGCCCCCCCAGGCUCUCCUUGUACCGGCCCAGUCUGCUCACCACCCUGCAGCCUUUCCACCACCUGCCCAACUUCCGCAAGCCCGGCUCGGCCCUCUCCACCAGUGCCUACGUGGCCAGCAAGCGCCUCGGGGAGAAGGUGCCGGCCCGGGCCGCGGCCCUGGGCAGCGGCUCCUCAAGCCUGAACAAGCAGGUCCACUCCCUCUACACCAUGACUCCGUGCCCGUGA